AUGGGUACACACAUUUCUGAACUCGCCAACGGACAUACGCCACCUUUAGAGCACAUUGACCUCUCCUUUGACAACAACACAGUUGACGACUCGGCUUGUGCUUUGGUCUAUAGAAUCCAGCCCAAAUGGCGAGAAGUCCCUGGGAAAAUUGACAUUGUCAAGUUCACCGACGGCAUCACAAACACGCUGCUCAAAGUGGCCAAACAUGUCCCAGGCCUAUCUCAAGCAGAAGUUGAUCAAGAAUCCAUACUCCUACGUGCCUACGGGAACAAUACGGAAAUCCUAAUCGACCGGGAUCGAGAGGCGAGAUCACAUGCUUUAUGCGCAGAACGUGGAUUGGCUCCUCCUCUGCUGGCAAGAUUCAAGAACGGGCUCCUGUACAGAUACAUCAUUGGUCAGGUCUGCACUCCCCAGGACCUCAUCCGAGAGCCUGUAUGGCGAGCUGUGGCCAAAAGGCUGGGUGAGUGGCAUGCGCGAUUACCCAUUGACGACGCUGCUGAGGAGAGUGAUGUCUCCGAUGGUGUCAAUGGUCAUAACGUGAAGAAUGAGACUCCGCCGGACGCAACCCCAGAGCUUGCGUCCAGAAGACCGGUCCCCAAUAUCUGGUCAGUAAUGCAAAAGUGGACCAGUGCUCUUCCAUGCGACACUCCCAAGCAGAAAGCUCGACAGGAGCUUCUCCAGAAGGAAUUAGAUCGAUCAUUCAGUGACCUUGACAAACAACGAGGCCCUGGAUCAGGCGGGUUUGUUUUGGGACAUUGCGACCUGUUAAGUGCCAACAUUAUUAUCCUUCCUCCGGAGAACUCCUCCGUCAGUAGUAAGAUGGAAGACGAUAUCAAGGUCUCAUUUAUCGACUAUGAAUAUGCAAUACCAUGCCCAGCAGCAUUCGACAUUGCCAAUCAUUUCGCCGAAUGGGGUGGCUAUGAUUGUGACUACAACAUGUUACCCACCAAAUCCGUUCGUCGUCAAUUUCUCCAAGACUAUCUCGAAUCGUACAAAGCCCACAGCGACAAGCCCGUAUCUGACGAUAUGCUCGACGUAUUACUUGCCGAAGUGGAUCGAUACCGUGGUAUGCCUGGAUUGUACUGGGGCAUUUGGGCUUUGAUCCAAGCCACCAUUUCACAAAUUGACUUUGAUUAUGCUUCAUAUGCAGAGGUUCGUCUAGGAGAAUAUUUUGCAUGGAGGGCAGAAGAGAACGGAAGUCAAGCCAACGAGAACGCAGAGAUGCCCCUUCGCGAAAGGAGAUGGGCGGAAUCUUAG